UUUAUUGAUUUGUCAUUAUAUUUUCUCUUGUUUGUAUUUUCUCUUGUGGUGGAGUUUUGCAGGACGGUCUUCAUGGCGCAAAUGGCUGAAAGAGGAAGCCGCUCCAGAUCCAGGAGUGCAGCUUUCACCCAGACAGCAGUUCAGGACACAGAGACACGGGACGCUUCUGGUGGGCUUCCUGGUUAUUUGGCUCCUCUGUCCUCCCUGUUGGCCGAUUCAGUGUCCACAGAUCAGAGGAAGAGGAAGCAGCAAACGGCGUCCACCUCGUCUAGGAGACCUGCCAAACGCUCUCGCAGAGACCAAUAUGCCAAGGGCCCGUUGCUGGGACGAGGCGGAUUCGGCUCUGUGUUUGCUGGGAUCCGCAGGUCUGAUGGACUGCCAGUGGCCAUCAAGUACGUGUCUAAAGAGCCGACGGACACCAGAUUGAAAGUUGACGGUCAGGGUCGUCUGCCACUGGAGGUGGCGUUGAUGACCCGCGUCUCUUCAGCUCCUGUCUGUCCCAGUGUCCUGCAGCUGCUGGACUGGUUUGACCAUCGCAGACGCUACGUCCUGAUCCUGGAGCGUCCGGCUCCUUGCCAAGAUCUCCAGAGUUUCUGUGAGGAGAACGGCUGUCUGGACGAGCCUCUGGCCAAGAAAGUGCUGGUGCAGCUGAUCGCGGCGCUGAAACACUGCGAGAGCCGCCGCGUCCUGCACCGAGACGUCAAGCCAGAGAAUCUGCUGAUCUCCACAGACUCACACGACAUCAAGCUGCUGGACUUCGGCUGUGGAGAUCUGAUGAAGGACUCGGCCUACAGAUACUUUGCAGGCACUCCAGCUUUUGCUCCUCCUGAGUGGUUUCGGCAUCAUCGCUAUCAUGCCUCUCCACUGACAGUCUGGUCCAUCGGCGUGACUCUCUACAACAUCCUGUGCGACUGUUUCCCCUUCAGAGGCGCACAGAGGGUCACGUCCAAAAGCAGACUGCACUUCCCGAGGAAGCUGUCGACAGAGUGCCGUCAGCUGAUUCGCUGGUGUCUCAGUGCAGCGCCAGCAGAUCGGCCCAGUUUAGAUGACAUUGAGCGCCACCCCUGGUUGCAGUGAACAGGUGGCCAGUGGCAUUACACUUAUCUGAAUGCCAGCAGUCGUGACUUUGCAUUGUUAGAGUCAGUGUAGAUAAAUGCUUUCAAUGAUUUGUAGAGGGUGAGCAGGAAUGGCAGAGGAACUGCAGAGAACAGCUUCCUGAUCCUGAGCUUCCUCUGCUGCAUCUGUGAGACUCUGUGUGGAUGCUGGAGGAGCUGAAAAUGCAGCGCCAGCUGAAACCAGAGCAUCGACGACACACAUCAGCCAGUCUAAAGCAGACAGAUGUGGAGGAUUUAGACCAGUUAGACAACAGGUCUACUAUUAAUGACCAGCACAUUGUAUAUUUGCAUAUAGCAAAGCAGAGAUUGGUACAUGAAGACAGUUAAACCUGUACAGAAUGAUCUAUUUCUUAUAAAUAUCAUGUAUUUUUAACAUUUCAUCAAUGUACAGAACACAAAUAAACAUUCUUUACAUAUUUGAUGUGGUUUUGUUAGUGAUUGAAUAAUUCAUCACAGACAAAGCAGAAUCACAGUGAAGAGAUUCAUGUCUAAGUUAUUUCUAGAAAAAAGGCAAAUAAAGCAUUUACUGUAUUCAGCUUUCCUAUAGAAAACCUUUAGAAUAACAAGAUUUAGUUACAGUAAGAACUGUGAUCAGAUUAUAAGCUGUGUUUAGAGGUAUUUAGCUUAUAUUAAAGUACAGUCAGUGCUGACAGAGUAUGAUUUCCCUCAGCUCAAUCAGCUUGCUUGAGUUUUCACUCUUGAGUCUGGUGAGAAGAAUCUGUGAAGAACAUUGGAGGAGAGGAGACUUACUGUAUCUUCUGCUGUCUCAGUAUUACACUGUACAGUUUUAAUUGUCUAUUUUGUAAGACUCAAAUAUCAGGAAAGAUGUAUUAU